GUAUACUCUCUUUCUCUCACUAGAUUCCGGACAACCGAUUCAAAUCCUGUCUCUGUCUUCUCUCUCUCUCCUCCCCAUUUCCAACUGAUAAAAAUGGGAAGACACCUCCAUUCUUCUUUCAAGUUUUCCGUCGCUUAAGAAGCAGCUCUGGAGGCACACAGAGAAUCGGAAGAAACUGAGCGCCAAAAGAUUCAGUCUUCUGAUCUUUCGCUCAUCUUUCGAACUAUGCAACAGAGCUCUAUGUCUCCAAGCAACUUCACCUCCAAUGUAUCCUCCCAUGGAAAUGCAAUCCUUUUCCAGACAGAGAAUGGGCAUAGUGAGUCAUUUUCUCUCUUGAACUCGGAGAGGGCUGUACAGGAACUUAUAGAGCAACCUCUUGUUGAUGGAAUUGAUGAUCAUCUUAUUGAGUUCUCUGAGGCUUUAAGAACUGUUGCUAAAACAUUAAGGCGAGCCGCAGAUGGAAAGGCUUCUGCUCAAGCUGAGGCCACUGAGUGGAAACGCAGAUAUGAACUAGAGAGGGAGCGUAAUCAGCAGUUGGAGCAAAAAGCAUUGUUUUCAGAAAAGCAUAAUGUUGAGCAUAAGGAUGGAAGAUUAAAACAGUUGACAGACCAGCCUGUUCAAUCAGAUGUAACUGCUGAGAAAUCUGAAAGGUGCUGUGCAGAGAAUGGAAUUUGCUCUCAUGAAGUUCUUCGAAAUGGGGAACCUGACUGUGAUACCAAUGUUCUCCCACGCAAAAUGAUGAGAAAGGCUUCAUUUAAGUUAUCAUGGUGUUGCAAAGGAGAAAAAAGUAAUCAGCAUAAACAUGAUAUUGUCUCCUUUGAAAAGGGGAAUAUAACUACUGCAGAACGCAGCAGUAAACAGAUUUCUUUGAAGUGGGAAUCUCCCCCCCAAACAGUACUUAUUUUGACAAAACCAAAUUCAGCUGCAGUUCGAAUGCUGUGCUUGGAAAUGGUUAGAUGGUUGAAGGAGCAGAAAAAUUUGAACAUUUUUGUUGAACCACGAGUAAGAGCUGAACUUUUAUCAGAGUUAUCGUACUACAACUUUGUACAGACAUGGGAGGAUGACGAGGAAAUUCCGCUUCUGCACACCAAAGUUGAUCUUGUUGUUACUCUUGGUGGAGAUGGGACUGUCCUUUGGGCAGCAUCAAUGUUCAAAGGCCCUGUUCCACCAGUUGUUUCAUUUUCUUUAGGCUCUCUGGGCUUCAUGACCCCUUUCUAUAGCGAACAUUAUAGGCAAUACUUAAGUUCAAUUCUUCGAGGUCCCAUUAACAUCACAUUAAGGCAUCGACUGCAAUGCCAUGUGAUCCGAGAUACUGCUAAAAAUGAAUUUGAAACAGAAGGGCCUAUGCUUGUUCUCAAUGAGGUUACGAUUGACCGUGGGAUUUCAUCAUUUCUCACAAACCUAGAAUGUUAUUGUGACAACUCAUUUGUCACCUGUGUACAAGGGGAUGGUUUAAUUUUGUCUACAACAUCUGGAAGCACUGCCUAUUCACUUGCAGCAGGAGGGUCUAUGGUUCAUCCUCAGGUACCUGGCAUCCUGUUCACACCAAUCUGCCCGCAUUCCCUAUCCUUCAGGCCUCUGAUCUUACCUGAGCACGUGACCAUUCGAGUGGUGGUGCCAUUCAAUAGCAGGGGCCAUGCUUGGGCAUCAUUUGAUGGCAAAGACAGAAAACGACUGGCACCCGGUGAUGCACUUAUCUGUAGCAUGGCGCCUUGGCCGGUCCCAACUGCUUGUCAAGUUGAUUCAACCACUGACUUCUUACGCAGCAUCCAUGACGGCCUCCAUUGGAACCUGAGGAAGACUCAAUCUUUUGAUGGCCCUCGGGAAUCUCUUUGAAGUGCGCUGUACGCAGAAAAUUGGUAGUAUUAUCUGACAUGACUCCGUCAGACUAUCCUCUUAUAUAUAUAGUGUAAACAGGAGCAUAACAAUAGUAAAAGAAAAUGAAGUUAAUUUGUAGUAGCCUAGCUAUGAAGUUAUUACAUAGCUAUGCCAUUCUGCACCUUCCUUGCCUUAGCAUAAUUAAUAUUUGUAAAAGUUUUUACAUCUUUUUGGUUUGGGUGUGUAGAAAUAGAUUGGAGCAAGACUAAAUUAUUUACUGUACUUUUUAACAAGUGAAAUAGGGAAUUUUUACAGUGCUGAA